ACGACGAAAAUCCGUACGACGUUAGUGUUUAUAAUAAUAUUCGUAAAAUAUUGUUUUCUUCACGGACUGCUUUAUUUAACAAGCAGUUUAUUAAUUUGAAUAGCAGUAUUAAAUAUUUCAAAGAAAUUUAUUCUAUAUUCUAUAGUGUUUAUAAAUAAACAUUUCUUUGUUAUGUGAGCUAAAGAUAAUUUCAAAUCGAUUUUUCCGGUGAUGUGAUAUUUUCGGCCGUUGUGCAAGAUGAAUCUAUUAUUUGUCUACUGUAAUAUCUUUUUGUAUAUAAUUGUAUCAUGUGAUGCUUCUGGAACCGAUAUAGCACUUGAUGCUAAGGCUACUUUGCUCCAUCGUAUAGAUAGUUUAAAUCUUUUAAUUUAUACAUGUCUUCUUACCCUGACCGUGCUUACAAUUUGGGUAUUCAAGCAUCGUCGUGUGAGCUGGCUCCACGAAACGGGCUUGGCUGUAAUAUAUGGUCUUAUAGUUGGUGCCAUUAUUAGAUAUGGAAGCAGUACAAAUGAAAUUACCUAUAUUGAUGCUCAUCCAGAUCCAGAUUCCAAAUACAACCUGUCUGUGCCCCCAGAUAUGGUUAGGUUCCACUUUCCAGAUAAAAUUCAAGUAACGGGUGAUGGUCCUGUACCAAACAAAACAUAUGCAUACAGCUUUAGAGGAGAAAUUGUUAAUGUAGAACAGAAUGAAAUAGAUCUAAAAGCUACAUUUGAUCCUGAAAUAUUUUUUAAUAUUAUUCUUCCACCUAUUAUUUUCCAUGCAGGGUACUGUUUAAAAAGAAAAUACUUCUUUCGCAAUUUAGGUGCUAUAUUGACCUUUGCAAUGGUUGGGACGGCAUUAUCUGCAUUGGUUAUUGGAUCACUUAUGUAUGGUUUUGUUCAACUGAUGCCAGCAUCAUUGGCAUCAAGCUUCACAUUUUUAGACACACUCUACUUUGGUGCACUUAUCUCUCCAACAGAUCCCUUAACAGUUCUUGCUAUUUUCUCACAGUUAAAGGUUGAUGUUAAUUUGUAUGCAAUGAUUUUUGGCGAAAGUGUCCUAAAUGAUGCAGUAGCUUUAGUACUUAGCGGAGCUAUUCAAAACUAUGAGAAGAGAUAUUCAACGGAUGGCGAGUUUGAAAUAACAGCGUUUUUACAAGCCAUAGGCGAUUUUAUCGGAAUAUUCAGCCUUUCUCUUAUCGUUGGAGCUCUCAUGGGUUGUUUCACAGCAUUGAUGACAAAGUUUACGCACGUACGUGACUGGCCUCUCCUGGAAUCGGCAUUGUUUGUCCUCAUGUCAUACGCGGCUUUCCUCAUCGCCGAAGUGUGCGAAUUAACAGGUGUUGUAGCGGUACUAUUCUGUGGUAUAUGUCAGGCCCAUUACACAUACAACAACCUGUCUACGGACUCGAGAAAUCGGACAAAACAAUUGUUUGAAUUGCUCAACUUUUUGGCUGAAAACUUUAUAUUUACAUACAUUGGUGUUUCGAUGUUCACUUUCCCGAAACACCAUUUUGAUCCCUGGUUUAUUAUUGCCGGAUUUUUGACUUCAACUCUUGGCCGAGCAGUAAAUAUCUAUCCGCUCUCAUUUCUAAUGAAUCUCGGACGAAAACCACCAAUACCCAUGAAUUUCCAACACAUGCUCUUCUUUUCUGGAUUGCGAGGCGCAAUGUCUUUCGCGCUAGCAAUCCGUAACACAGUAUCAGAGGCGCGUCAGGCGAUGUUGACGACGACAUCAUUGAUUGUGAUAGCCACGGUGGUACUGCAAGGAGGCGCAGCGACGCAUGCCUUAGCGUACUUGCGUAUACCCACCGGGUACGAACUUAGCCAAGGACAGAACGAAGAAAGCGACACGCUUCCGUACAGGGAUGUGAGAAAUCUGUACCAGGCCACGGACGUGGGCAGCUCGACUGGCCGCAUGGUAGUUAAAUGGGGAAAAGACGAGAGCGGAGUCAUAAUGCCUUGCCACCUUAACUAUGAGGACUCUCGUUCAAACUACAACUAUCACAGUACUCCCUGCGAAGAAAGCCAUCGUGAUAGCGGCGAUAGCGGAACUGAGAAAUCCCGGCUAGCUAAGUUAUGGGGUGCGCUGGACUCUCGUCUGCUUAAGCCGCUGCUUACGCACGCAAGACCACCACUUACGGAGACAUUGCCCGCAUUCUUUAGACCUCUAGCGAGGCUUUUGACUACCACACGCCAGUACACACAAGGAGACAAUAAUGGACUUCGAAGGACCGAUUCAGAUUCGGAUCUGUGUAUUGACGAACCACAACCAGUUCCUACAAGUAUAGACCCACAGCUAUCUUUUAACGUUCGGAAUGGAUAUGGGAAUAUAUAAGUUUAAGCGUUAUCAAUUAUCAACUGUGAUAUGAAGUCUUAAUAGUUUUAUUAGAAGAAUUUAUCUUUUUUUUUAAUUGCACGCAGCAACUUUGGCCCGGACUUGUGGAUACAAGGAUUUCUGUUGAAGGUAUCACUGGCAGUAAUAUAUAAGUUAUGUAUUGCGAAAAUAAGCUCUUUGUGCCACGAAUUUUGUAAUGAGGUGCUGCUCCUCAAUAUAUUUAUUUCUCUAGUGUUGUUAUUAGCAUGAAUAGAGAUUGGACUGAGCAAUUUCUUUGAGAGUUGACUCUGUAGACUCUGUUGACACUGUAGAAAGUCUACUCUGUACCUAUUUUUUAAAAUUCCUUCAGCAGACAGGUAUAUUAUUCCUUAGUGAAAGGCAUUAAUGACAUAUGUCAUUGUCAUUCAACACAUUUUACAAUUGGGGAAGCAUCUGGUGUAAACAUGGUAAACGCCUAUGCCACCCAGGUGGAAUGUUGACCAUUAGCAUUGCUCAGUACUUCUCUUUUUAUGAAUUAGUUUAAUGUUGGAACUGUCCUUAAAAAUACUGUAUAAUGCAAAACGUAAUCUUCCUUGAGAUGUUAUUUUUAACUUUAUUGCUGAAAUAAAAAGUAAUUAAAAUAAAAUGUUAAUGGUGCAGUCUCUUAAAUAGCUAAGCUUUUAUCUAUGCAAGCACAUUUAAUAGCUUUAUGUGUUGUUAAGAGCACCUGUCACAAUAUAAAUUAUUGCCUCUUUUCAUAAAAGUCAAUCUAAGAAGUUUCGAAAGUUGUUUUCAGUUAUUAAAUCAAUACACAAAAGGUAUUGAUUCAAUUCAAUAAAAAAUUGAUUUAACUAUGAUGAGACAUGAUGAGAUCUUUUUUUAAAUAUUCAACUUCAUGUUAUAUUUUAGGGGAUAUUUGUUUACAUUUUAUUUAUGUGAUUCAUUAUUUCAUACCCAUGAAAUGGGUUUCCAAAUUACAAAAAGGGUUGUAUAUUCACCACUGCUAUAAUAUAUAUGUUUGAUUCAUGUGAUAUUUAGUUUAUGAAGCUGCUGUUUAGAUGUACUGCAAUUUUGAAUUGAAGUUGUUUCUCUAUUAUAGAACUGUAGUAACAGAUAUUUGCAAUAUCUUAACAUAUUUCAAGAGAUUGGAUGUACAAAUAGUUUAAUUCUGUAUGCACUGUCAAUAUUUUUACAGCUACAUUACUACUAGUAUUGUUUGUAAAUGUAAUUUUCUUAAAUAUUGAACAACAUAAAAAUAUGUAUAAUAACAACAUAAAAUAUAAGUAGUUUUCAUUCAACCAUAAACCUAUCACUUAUAUUUUUACAAUGUAAUAUAGCUUUUCUCCUUUUCAUAGACUUGAUUGUCAUGUAUGAGACACUUCUUUAUCACCGAAUUUUUAGGAAAAGAAUUUGU